AUGCCGUUGUUAUCCCCACCAUCGCCGCCGGCUCCCAGGAACGGAAGCCGGCGGCAGCUGAGUCGGAGCCGGAGGAGACAAUCCAAGAGGUCGGCCAAGAGGAGCUGGGCGGAGCUUCCCCUGGACGCGUUGCUGAGCAUCUUCCACAAGCUUGACCACGCCGACCUCAUGUUCGGAGGCGCGUCGACGGCGUGCCGCUCAUGGCGAGGGGCCACGCGCCAGCCCGAGCUAUGGCGCUACAUCGACAUGCGCGGCCACUCCCGGCUCAACAGGACAGCGCGGCUCGCCAUCUCGCUCAGCGCUGGGCAGUGCGAGGCGUUCCUGGGCGAUGUCUGCGUCAACAACGAUCUCAUCCUUUUCCUAGCAGAGCAGGCACCCUCGUUAAAGAGCCUUCGUCUCGUUGAGUCCUAUGGUGUCGACACCGAAAUAUUUGCGGAGGCAAUUAAAAGGUUCCCCCUGCUCGAGGAGCUCGAGCUUUCGCGUUGUAACAUUAGACAUGUUUGGCAUGUGAUUCAGUUCUGCCCACAAUUGAAGCACUUUAGGCAUGUCAAAAAGGGAUACCACAUCCGCGACAACUACUACGACACUGGUCGCUGUACCCACAACAUGGAAGCCUCUGCAAUUGCGAGGAUGCCCGGGUUGCUUUCCCUGCAGCUCCUCGGUGACCACCUGGACAAUGAAGGGCUAUCAGCCAUCCUUGACAACUGCCCACACCUAGAGUUACUUGACUUGCGCGGUUGCCUCAAUAUCCGCAUGGACGGCAGCCUGCGCCUCAAGUGUGCCUGGGUCAACUGGGAGAAACUGUGCCGGUAUACCUUAACUGAUGACCGGGUGCAUUUUUGCGUCGACCAACUUGCUCUUUCGUACGGCAAAUCAACUGAUGACUACGAGGAUUUUCAGCAAUGGCAGACCUAUUAG